UUUAGUGUCAUAUAAGAACUGGAUAUAUCGAUGUUGUUUGCUUAUUUUCGGGAAAAUUAAUUAGAAUGUGGGUGCGUCAGUUCCUUCAUAAUUGGGACGAGCCCUGAGGCGAGACCCAUAGUUUCGAGUACUGUAGAGAAAAGCUCGGCGACCGGAUAUCCGUCUGAAUGUCUGUCUGUCUGUGUGUGUGCGUGUGUGUGUCUGUCGCUUAAGUUUUUUAGCAUGACAACGAUCGCUCCAUUUGCACGCUUUUUAGCAUGACGAUCGCUCCAAGACAUUAAUUUUUUAAUAUUUCUACUUGAACUCGAAACUGAUACAGCUCAACGACUACCGUAAAAAACGUUCUAAUUAUAGAACCAGUAAAAAAUUAUUAUUUUUCUAGAAACAAUGUACCCAAAAAAUGAUUUUAUAAAAUUAUGGUGGUUUAAAAAAUUAUGAAAGAGGGCGUCCUACCUGAGGCUGGUUCUAUAAUUGGAACGCUUACGGUAGUGAGGCAAUGGCGUUGGGAUAUCAAACACACCAUCUGCUGAAGCUUUUUUUAACUGUACAUUUAAAUCAUACUAUCCUAUAGCUGUUAUUACUGGUUGUGUACUAAAUUUUGGUACUGAUUUGAGGAUGGUUGUUUGUAUUGUUUGUGAAUUGCUGCCUAAACGUAUCAAAAAGCGAAAUUCCUCAGGAAACAAGAUAUUCUAAACAAUAAACAAAUCUAGAGGUGUGCGCAAAUCUAUAGUUGAACAAGUCAAUAUAAUAAUAGUACAGGUGCUAAUUUAAUUUAUGUGCAGUCUACAUAUACUUUUUUGGUACAAUUAUUUAUACUGAAUAAAAUCUAUACUAUUCAAGUUCCAAGAUCUCAAAUGAUGAAAAUGAACUACUGCAUGUACCAAGCCAGAAAAAUCUUUAUCUUUCUUCGCUGCAUUGUUGAAGGUAUUAAUUGGUGCAGUGUAUAGUCAAUAACCUAUCCAGUCUGUUUUAUAAUGGCAAUUUUUGCUCAUUUUAUGCACUUUAUGUCCAGUUUUAGGUCCUCCUAUUCCAUCCAUCUGUUUAACACCACCUACUGUUCAAAAUGGCUACGUCUCUUCAAGUAUGCUCUAUUCAGCAAUGUACAGCUGCAACAUAGGGUACCAACUGUCUGGAUCAGCCACAGCAAUUUGCGAAAUUGGAGACAUGGGUGUAUUUUACAGCUGGAUUUCAGUACCGACAUGUAUCGUGGACUGUGGCUCCCCUCCCUCUAUUUCCAAUGGGUUGCCUGUAACACCAACAAGGACAACUGUUGAAGCAGGAGCGUAGCCAGGAUUUUUUGGAAGAGGGGCAAAACUUAUCAGCCGUGCGGCGCCGAAAUUUUGACCAGAAGCCACGCCUCUUAAUUAUGACGUCAUAAUUGACUUCUCCAUUAGUUAGGUGUGGCCUGAUGUUUAUUAGAAGCUAGUUUAGCAAAGAACAAGAACUGUCUAUAGAUUUAGCUCACAGUUUAGAGACUAAAUCGUUUUGCUUGCCUACUAGCUAGCUAACUGCAGCAAGAUUCCGAAGAAAGGGAGUGCUCAGCAAGAUAAUCAGAUACAAUAACUUGAGCAGAGUACAGUUGAGCCUCGGUUAUCCGAACACCUUUGUCCCCGGGCCCAUUCGGGUAAGUGAAAUAUUCGGAUAAUCAAAAGCUGGCUUUUUGCCAGCCACGUGGGCAAUUUCCUACUGCGCAUGCUCAGAUUGCACUAUGCUCUAGCAUUCGGAUAAUCGAGGAUUCGGAUAACCGGGAUUCGGAUAACCGAGGCUCAACUGUAGUAGAGAUCCAGAAAAAGGGGGGGCAUUUGCCCCCUUUGCCACCCCCUGGCUACGCCACUGUCAGAAGGGACAGUGACCUACAACUGUGAUACUGGCUAUGUAGAUCUACUGUCAGGAUCAGCUACUGCAACAGUGACUUGUCAAGCUAGUGGAAGUUGGAGUACAAUACCAUUAACUUGCCAACGUAAUUAAGAUUCGAACUCUUGCUACUAUACUAAGCAGUCAUUUCAUAUGUGCAUGCAUGUCUCUACAUCUGUAGCUGUCCCGUGUGGCAACCCUCCGACCAUUCCCAACGGGUCCAGUACUUUCACUGGCACUACAUUUGAGGAGACAGCCACUUACAGCUGUGAAAAUGGAUACCAAUCGUCAGGAUCAUCCACAGUGACCUGUCAGGCUAGUGGAAGUUGGGGUACUGCACCAACUUGCCAACCUGUCCCGUGUGGCAACCCUCCGACCAUUCCCAAUGGGUCCAGGACUUUCACUGGCACUACAUUUGAGGAGACAGCCACUUACAGCUGUGAAAAUGGAUACCAAUUGUCAGGAUCAUCCACAGUGACCUGUCAGGCUAAUGGAAGUUGGGGUACUGCACCAACUUGCCAACCUGUCCUGUGUGGCAAUCCUCCGACCAUUCCCAAUGGGUCCAGGACUUUCACUGGCACUACAUUUGAGGAUACAGCCACUUACAGCUGUGAAAAUGGAUACCAAUCGUCAGGAUCAUCCACAGUGACCUGUCAGGCUAGUGGAAGUUGGGGUACUGCACCAACUUGCCAACCUGUCCCGUGUGGCAACCCUCCGACCAUUCCCAACGGGUCCAGGACUUUCACUGGCACUACAUUUGAGGAGACAGCCACUUACAGCUGUGAAAAUGGAUACCAAUCGUCAGGAUCAUCCACAGUGACCUGUCAGGCUAGUGGAAGUUGGGGUACUGCACCAACUUGCCAACCUGUCCCGUGUGGCAACCCUCCGACCAUUCCCAAUGGGUCCAGGACUUUCACUGGCACUACAUUUGGAGAUACGGCCACUUACAGCUGUGAGAAUGGAUACCAAUUGUCAGGAUCAUCCACAGUGACCUGUCAGGCUAGUGGAAGUUGGAGUACUGCAUCAACUUGCUCAUUACGUGUCCCCUGUGGUGACCCUCCAACCAUUCCCAAUGGGUUCAAAACUUUCACUGGUACUACAUUUGGGGAGACAGCCACCUAUACUUGUAACACUGGGUACCAACUGUUAGGAUCAUCCACAGUGACCUGUCAGGCUAGUGGAAGUUGGAGUACUGCACCAACUUGCUCACCUGUCCCAUGUGGCAACCCUCCGACCAUUCCCAAUGGGUCCAGGACUUUCACUGGCGCUACAUUUGAGGAGACAGCCACUUACAGCUGUGAAAAUGGAUACCAAUCAUCAGGAUCAUCCACAGUGACCUGUCAGGCUAGUGGAAGUUGGGGUACUGCACCAACUUGCCAACCUGUCCCGUGUGGCAAUCCUCCGACCAUUCCCAAUGGGUCCAGGACUUUCACUGGCACUACAUUUGGAGAUACGGCCACUUACAGCUGUGAGAAUGGAUACCAAUUGUUAGGAUCAUCUACAGUGACCUGUCAGGCUAGUGGAAGUUGGAGUACUGCACCAACUUGCUCACCUGUCCCGUGUGGCAACCCUCCGACCAUUCCCAACGGGUCCAGGACUUUCACUGGCACUACAUUUGAGGAGACAGCCACUUACAGCUGUGAAAAUGGAUACCAAUUGUCAGGAUCAUCCACAGUGACCUGUCAGGCUAGUGGAAGUUGGGACACUGCACCAACUUGCUCACCUGUCCCCUGUGGUAGCCCUCCGACCAUUCUCAACGGGUCCAGGACCUUCAAUGAUACUAUAAUUGGGGAGACCGCGACCUACAUCUGUGACGAUGGCUAUCAACUUUCAGGAUCAGCUAUAGUGAUGUGCCAAGCUAGCGGAAGUUGGAGUACAAGACCAAGUUGUAAUGCUCCUCAGCCUGGCUCUUGUGACAAUCCUCCAACCAUUUCCAAUGGGUCCAGGACUUUUGUUGGUACAGUAUGGGAGGAGUCGGCAUUUUACAGCUGUAACACUGGUUACCAACUGUCAGGACCAUCCACAGUUACCUGUCAAGCUAGCGGAAAUUGGAGUACUGUACCAACUUGUAAAGCAAUUUAUUCUCAACAACCUCCUUUGUCAGCUAUGGAUAACACUGCUGUAACUGUGGGCUCUGUGAUAGCUGCAAGUAUUAUCAUUUUUGUGAUGUUUGUUUUUUUAGCUGUUGUGAUAGCCACCAAGAAACAUCGAAACCAAAUUCCUAUCGCUCAGAACUCUUUUAAAGAGACAAGUAUCAGGAAUUUGAACAGUGAAGAAACAAACAUGAGCAAUUUUUCAUCCAUCCCUCUCAACAAAGGGCCAGAGGCAACUGCGGACCCAGAGUAUGACGAGGUAGGACCCCCUGUGGUGAAGAAUGGGAGCAAACAGUACAGCUUUGACGUUGGUCCUUGUCCUGCGUACGGGGGGGGCAUACUCUGAGGAAUACACGCCUCAAAUAAAAUGGAAACAAUGUACGACUAUAAACAUGCAACAAAUUGUGCUUGCAUUAAUUGUAGCUGACUGUAGAAUGUUGCUAUGUAAUUGUAUAAUUUAUUGCAUGCAUGCAUGCACAUGCUUAAUUGUACUUGUAUAUUGUUGUGUUUAGAUGGUUGACUAAACUUAA